AAUUUGCGCGUGCUCAGCUUGAGCGGCAACAACUUCACGAUGAUACCAGUGCUGGCGCUGCGUAAUUACACGCAGCUGUCUUACCUCAAUAUGGGCUACAACCUCAUUUCAGACAUACCUGAGGGCAUUUUCGCGGUGGACAAUUGGGGCGCAAACCUACAGACGAUACUGCUGCGUAACAACAAAAUCACGCACUUGCAUUUGGGCUCUUUCUACGGCUUGGAGCAGAUACAGGAAAUCAGUUUGAGCUUCAACGACAUCAAUAUCCACCAUCCCAUGGUAUUUGAGAAUGUUUCGCGCACACUUAAGAUACUGGAACUCUCCUUCGCCGUCUUUCCUGCACGCAGUUUGGAGUCCAUCGAUCCGCUCGACGCACUACUGCCGCUUUCACAGCUCAUGUGGCUGGGUUUGGACAAUAAUAAUUUGAAGAUGCUUUCCAACGAUUCAUUCGCAAAUAUGCGGGAACUUAGCUAUAUUAACCUGGCGUUUAACCAACUCAAGCAGCUGCCGCGUGGUCUCUUUCUGCCCGAUGUGCACAGCCACCUCGUGGAGAUCGAUCUCUCGUACAAUUCAUUGGAAGUCAUAGCACGCAAUACCUUCCACAGUCUAGGUGACCUGCAGACGCUUAACCUACAAUCGAAUAAGUUGAAACUGCUGGAGAAGCACGCCUUCUACAAUCUGGAAUUUCUGCGCUACAUCGAUUUGUCCUAUAACCAACUGGCCAACAUCUCCCAUGGUGCCUUCACCAUACUGCCCAAUCUCGCUGCCUUGGAUUUGAUGCACAACAACCUCUGUUCCCUUUCCCUAAAAAUUUUUCAUUUCGUCUCGAACACCAGCACACCGCUGCGUUUGAACGUCACCUACAAUCAGAUUAGCCACUUCGAGGACGAACUCAGUUCGUAUAUGUACAUCUACAACCUGGACAUUAGCCACAAUGCGAUAAGCACGCCGGACAGCUUCGCCAAUCUAGCCAAUACGCUACGCUUCCUCAACCUCGCGCACAACACCAUAGGUGGGCUUGCCAACCACGCAUUCGGCGACCUCGAAUUCCUCGAAAUACUCAAUCUCGCACACAACAACAUCACUUCGCUGCGGCGCCGCAGUUUUCAGGGUCUGAACAGUCUACAAGAAUUGGAUCUCGGCUAUAAUGGUCUCGAACAGCUGCAAGUGGAGCAGUUCUCGAAUUUGCGCAAGCUGCGCAUACUACGCGUGCGUGGUAAUCGUCUGCGCGCCUUGCCACGCGAGGUCUUCAUGAAUACGCGCCUUGAAUACUUUGAUAUUUCCGAGAAUCAGCUAUCGGUGUGGCCUGUACCCGCCUUUUCUGAUGUCGGCUUUACGCUGCGCAGCAUACAGAUGGCGCAGAAUGCGCUCGAAUACCUCGACUCCAGCAUGUUUGUGAACUCACAAUUCCUCUACGACAUCAACUUGGCCUGCAAUCGCAUUACAGUGCUGCCUGACAACACGUUCACUUUCCUAAACAAUCUCACCAACUUGGAGCUGUCGCAGAAUCCACUGGUUACCACCAAUCUGAAAGAGGUGUUCCUACACACGCCGCGCCUACGGCGUCUCAAAAUACGUCGCAUGGGCCUCUAUGUGCUGCCCCAACUCAGUCUGCCCUAUCUAUCACACCUCGAUGUGAGCGGAAAUUACCUGCAGGAGCUCUCAUCGCUACACGAAAUGCGCCAGCUGCGCCACGUCAAUGUGUCGCAUAAUAAAAUUGUCAACGCCAGCAAUAUUGCCGAACAUCUACCGACAUCUGUGCGUGUGCUCGAUUUGGCGCACAACCCACUGCGGCGCAUCAGCGCGCACGACCUCGUUGCGCUACGCCACCUCACCGAUCUCAAUUUGCUCGACGUCAAGGUAGCCAAUCCGUCGGUGUUCAUCAAGCUACGUUCGCUACGCAAAUUACAUCUCACAUCGCAUCUGAAUUUGGGUGAGAUUGUGGCGCGUAUACCGGGCCUGCAGGAGUUGCGUGUGCACUGCAUGGAAACAAAUAUAGGGCCGGAGCUGCUGGCGAAGCUGGUGAAUAACACAAAACUACAGCUGUUAGAGUUGUAUGGCGGCAAUGUGCAGACAAUAGCACCGGAUGCGCUGGCGGGCUUGGCGCGCAAUCAACAUUUGCUGGUAAAAAUCUCACACACUAAAAUAUCCGAUCUGCCGCCGGGCAUUUUUUAUACGCUGCGUGCCGUACCGCAGCUGGCUAUCGACAUUUCGCACAACAAAAUCAAUGCGCUGGCGGCGGACAGCUUCUACCCGAACAAAACCUACUGGGACACUGUGGGUACACGCAGCAUUAUGGGCGGACUGGACACGUCACACAAUCCGCUCGAGUGCGAGUGCGGCUUGGUGUGGUUCGGUCACUGGCUGAGGCGAUGGCUGCGUGAAUCGGCGCAAAUAAAAGUGAUACAGAAGGAUGAGAUGAAGCGAAUGGUGCAG